AUGGAAGAGAACGAGCAAAGUGAAGAACUGAGUGAAAUAGAGAAGAAACUUCAUGACAAACCUGGAGAAAAACAUUUGGGUCACGCAAAGACUAAAAAGACACUUUUAAAGAAAACAAAAGCCAAGAAAUCUUUCACCUGCACUCAGUGUGGAAAGAGUUUCCUAUACAAAAGCCAUCUUGAGAUUCACAUGAGAAUUCAUACUGGAGAAAGACCGUUCUCAUGUGAUAAGUGCGAGAAGAGUUACAUGCUGUCAUCACGCCUUAAGAGACACAUGAGAAUCCACACAGGAGAGAAGCCAUAUGCAUGUGAUCAUUGCGGGAAGAGUUUCUCCGAAAAACGAGGCCUUGAGAUUCACAUUAGAAUUCAUACUGGGGAGAAACCGUUCACGUGUGAUCAGUGCGGCAAGGGUUUUAGAGGAAAACUAAGUCUUGAGAUUCACAUGAAAGUCCAUACAGGAGAGAAGCCGUUCAUGUGCAUUCUGUGUGGGAAGGGUUUCAAACAAAAAGUGCAUCUUCGCCAACACAUGAGGAUCCACACUGGAGAGAAGCCACACGUAUGUGAUCAAUGUGGGAAGAGUUUCACCAAAUCAUCACAUCUUAAAGGACACAUGAGGAUCCACACUGGAGAAAAGCCACAUGUUUGUGAUGAAUGUGGGAAGAGUUUCACCAAAGCAUCACAUCUUAAAGGACACAUAAGGAGCCACAUUGGAGAGAAGCCAUUCACAUGUGAUCAGUGUGAAAAAACUUUUUUUAUAGAAUCAGCUCUGAAGACACACUUGCAAGUUCAUAUGAAGAAGUCACAUUCAUGUUAUGAAUGUGAAAAGAGUUUUUCACGUCCACAACAAUUACGAGAACAUCAGAAAAUACAUGCUGGUGUGAGAGACUACAUGUGCUUUGAGUGUGAAAAGACUUUUAUUUCAGCAAGCCAUUUGAAGCGUCACCAGGUUAUUCACACUGGAGAAAAACCUUACAAGUGUUCACACUGUGACAAGAAAUUCAGUCUGUCAGCAUGUCUGAAAAGACACGAGAGGAUCCACACUGGAGAGAAACCACACAAGUGUGAUCAGUGCGAAAAAGCUUUACUGACAUGUAAAUCAACCCUUAAGAAUCACAUGAGGAUCCACACUGGAGAGAAACAAACCUGUGAUCAAUGCGGAAAGUGUUUCACAGGAAACUUUAAGAGACACAUGAGGAUUCACACUGGAGAAAGACCACACACCUGUGAUCAGUGUGGGAAUAGUUUCCCAAGCAAACGAAACCUCCAGGUUCAUAUGAGGAUCCACACCGGAGAGCGGCCUUACACCUGUGAUCAAUGCGGGAAGAGUUUCACUCAGGCAUCUAGUCUGAAAACACAUCUGUCCACUCAUUCUGAAGAAAGACCAUUUAACUGCGAUCAGUGUGGUAAAAAUUUCCAUUGGGCUUCAGUCCUGAAGAAACACCUGACGUUUCACACAAAGCAGAAGACUCAUUUGUAA